GUGAUGAUCCGCCCCCUACGAUCUCGUUAUUGCAAUUAAAUACCGUCAAACGGGUGAAUGUCGUUGAAUGCUGAAAGGCAGAUUAAGUUAAGGGGUUGAUUUUUGUUAAUUUCGAUUGGGAAUAAGUUGUUUAUGUUAGAUAUUGUUUGUUGUAUGUAAAUAGUGUUGUCUGAUUGAAAGGAUGUUGUAAACGAAUGACGGUUGUGAUUGUUUAUAUUCGCCGUAUACUAAUCAGAGUAAUGUGCCCUUACUUUUUUGGCUAGUGAUAACGAAUUUUCAGUCAUUUGGCAUGGUUAUAGUGCAACAAUGACCGUCGACUUCAACGAUUAUUUUUGGGGCGAGAAGAACAAUGGAUUCGAUGUUUUAUACCAUAACAUGAAAUAUGGCCUAGUUGCUAGUAAAGAUCUUGCCGAAUUACUCAGAGAACGAUCAAACAUUGAAGAAAACAACUCGAAACUACUUGCCAAGUUUGCCAAGCAAGCAGGAAGUUGUUGUAAUCAAGGCACUUUUGCUCCAUUAUGGCAGGUCUUGAAGACCUCAGCGGAGCGUCUUUCGGCGCUCCACAUGCAAAUGGUGCAAAAAGUCUCGGAUUUAGUGAAGGAAGUGAACAAAUAUGCAGAGGAAUUACACAAAAAGCACAAGACUGUCAAGGAGGAUGAAUCUGGGACUCUGGAGUCAGUCCAAGCCAUGCAAAAUGUAACAUUAAUGGUACAAAAAUGCAAAGACACCUACACUCAGCGGGGACAGGAAUUAGAUAAACUGCGUAAAGAUAACGCUAGUCCUAAAGAGAUAGAAAAAGCUGAAUUGAAGAUGAAAAAAUCGCAGGAAGAGUACAAAUCCUACGUUGAAAAAUAUACAGUUAUCAAAGAUGACUUUGAGAAAAAAAUGUCAGUCACUUGUAAGAAUUUUCAAGAACUGGAAGUCACUCAUUUAGGCCAUAUGAAGGAAUUCUUGAAUUCGUAUGCAGAGGUCGUGGAAUGGACACAUGAACAAAUGGGAAAAGUCCACAAAGAAUUCAGACAGCAGUGUCUUGAACUGACCGUGGAUCAGUUGCUUGAACAGUUCGUUCGCAACAAAUCCACGGGACUUGAAAGGCCAGGUAUAGUUGAUAUAGAGGAGGCGCUGAUGUCGCCCACACAAGACUCCGAGAGUUCGAAACCAUCAAAGCGCGAAGGUAAUGGCAAUAGUGACCAGUCCGUGCCAACACAUGCCAAAACUUCCCGCCGUACAACUUCCCUCCUCAAUCUCUUCAUGUCUAACUCCCAGGGAUCACGCGAGAGCCGAGCCGGCCCAUGCAGCGCCCCAUCGAGUCCGACAAGUCCGGAAGGGGACCAACAGCUGACACGACACUCCCACCGUGGAUCUAAGUGGUUUUUACGUAGUAGGCGCGAAAAAGCUAAACAAAAGAAAUCCAAAAAGAAAGUUAAGGAUAAUGUUGAUACUCAAAGCAAUAAAGAAGAGAAAUCAGACAUGGAGGAAAAAGACGAAUCUCAACGAACUCAACCAGCACCAGAGCCAACUGCUCCAGAAUUGGACGAGGAUGGAUAUGUUAUAAGACCAAAUGUUCCUCAUAAUUGGAAUAAUGAAAAAGGGAGUUUUUACUCUUCAUCUGACUCUGAUACUGAUGACGAACGCGAACGUAAAAUCCAUGUCGAAAUAAAGCCUUUAAAUAAUGGUUCUGCACCUAUGUCAGCUUCAGUAGAUGAAUUGCGAGCAACAGUAGAAAAUCUCUAUUUAUCACCAACUGGAGGUGCUUACGGCCGUCGCGGUUCUAAUUUAGAUAACCAAGAUUUAGCAAUGAAACGCUCCCAAUCAGUCUCCCAACAACUCGGCAAACCUAGUAGUGACCUAUUAGGUUUAAAUUUUGUCCAAAGUCCCAACGCAUCAAAUUCCUCUACACCAACAAGCUCCCAUCCUUACGCUCCAUUACAGAGCCCUUCUCAGUUGGCGUUAAACUCGCCAACACUUUCAGCAUCUUCGCGAUAUGCUGACUUAGGUGACUUGUUGUCUGAGGAUGGUGAAGCUGCAUCUGGAGGUGUCACCAAGCAGCCUUUGCGUCAAACUCCAACGCCUACUUCGGGCUACAUGUCGAUUCCUAGACCGCCAUCUCGUCGGUCUGAUCCUUCGCGACAUAUUAAUCAAAGUAAUAUUUCACGAGCUGAUAGUAUUAGUAGUCUGGAAUUUCGCACUGCUUGUGUUCCUGUUGGGGUCUCAAGAGGACCUUCACCACUUACUAUUGGCAUGGCUGAUACAAUUCCAUUAGCGGUUGCGUUCCACGAAAUUGUUCAUUCGUACUUCCGAGGAGCAGAUGAGACUAGAUGUCAAGUGAAAAUGUCGGGUGAGAUGAUGUUGUCAUUCCCAGCCGGUAUUGUUACAAUUCUCGCGAAUAAUCCAAAUCCGGCUAAAUUAGUUUUUCGAGUGAAAAACACCCAAAGGCUUAUAAAUAUACUACCUAAUAAGCAACUAGUGGCUAUUGAUAAUGGACAAUCAUCAACUGAUAAUUUAGUUUUGGAAUUUAAUAUGUCCGCUUUAAGUGCAUUGUUAAAAAAGCAAUCGGAACAAAAUCCUAGCGCCUCCUAUUUCAAUGUAGACAUAUUAAAAUACCAAAUUAAAGCUAAGCCUGGCGCGAAUUCGUGCCCAUUUCAACUUGUGGCCUAUUGGAAAUGUACAAGUUCACAUACAGAUUUAAAGGUGGAUUACAAAUACAAUUCGCAUUCCAUGAGUUCUCCUACUCCGUUACUCAAUGUAACUGUAGCAGUCCCUGUCGAUGGUGGUGUGAAAAAUCACCAAUUAAAACCUGCGGCUCAAUGGUUGGCUGAUUCAAAUCGUGCGAUUUGGAAGUUUACCGAAUUAUCUCAACAUUCGGAGAAUCAUGGCGUCGGGUCGAUGUUAGCUCGUUUCGAAUUAGAAAACGGUCCCACUAAUCCGGCGACGAUUUCAGCCUCAUUCAAUUGUGAAGGUACCACACUUUCAGGAAUUGAAUUUCAGCUAGUUGGGACGGGGUAUCGGCUAUCUCUAGUCAAAAGACGCUUUAUAUCCGGAAAAUAUAUUUGUGAUGGUGAUUUGAAGUAUAGCUCGGGUACGGGAACACCGUCCACUGGAUCUGCUGCUGCGAGCACGGUCUCUUCGACCGGUGAUCCAAACUGCUAGCAUUCCCACAUAUCACACGUGCAAUAUGUGCAUAUAUAACUUUUAAAUUUGUAUGUCAACUAUUUUUAUUUAUGACUAUUUCCAUGUUAUAUAGCAUAUAUUAUAUAUAGUUUAUGAAGCUAUUUUAUAAUCAAUAAAGAUUUUGUAAAGGA